CAGAAAUCUUUUUUCAUUUGCCUUGAUACCUGCAGAUUCUUUAUCAGAGCGCAAGGAAGGGCAACAGCGCGCGCGCGCACACACACAUAGAGAGAGAAGAUCAGCUGGUAUCAUAUCACGUAGCUGCAUAAAAAGGAAAAGUUCCAAUGAUGCAUUCCAUCACAUAGAACUAGGAAGCCAAGAGCCAAGAACACACCGUGUGUGUAUCCGUGCACGGCCAUGGCGGCCACCAAGAGAUCCUUCCGCGGCGUCGACGGCAUUGCACGAGCCGUGCGCGGAGACAACGGCGCGCCGUCGGCGGAGGAGGAGCUGCAGGUUCACCGGCUGGAGGAAGGCUUCGGGAUGAUCUUUGGCUUCCCGGUGCCCGGGGUGCCCAGCCGGCCGGCCGCCGUCACCCAGCAGUUCUUCCCGGCGACGGUGGCGGUGGCGGCGGCGCCGGUGGCGCCUCAGGCAAUGGAGCAGUGCAACGCGUCCGACGCGGGGGCGGCUGACCCGUGGGCCCGCCCGGCGUCGAGGAAGAGCCGGCGGGGCCCGCGGUCCCGGAGCUCGCAGUACCGCGGCGUCACCUUCUACCGCCGCACUGGCCGGUGGGAGUCCCACAUCUGGGACUGUCGAAAGCAAGUGUACCUGGGUGGAUUUGAUACAGCGCAGGCUGCUGCAAGGGCCUAUGACCAAGCUGCAAUCAAGUUCCGCGGUGUGAAUGCAGACAUCAACUUCACCCUGGACGAUUACAAGGAUGAGAUAAAGAAGAUGAAAUACUUCAGCAAGGAGGAGUUCGUCCAGGUCCUCCGGCGACAGGGCGCCGGCUUCGUCAGAGGGGGCUCCAGGUUCCGGGGAGUCACCCAGCACAAGUGCGGAAAGUGGGAGGCCAGGAUUGGCCAGCUCAUGGGCAAGAAAUAUGUGUACCUUGGCCUGUAUGAAACAGAGAUGGAGGCUGCCCGGGCUUAUGACAAGGCUGCCAUCAAGUGCUACGGCAAGGAGGCAGUGACCAACUUUGAGCCCCAGACGUACGACAACGAGCUCCAUGCGCAAUCUUGGGAUGGUGAGCUUGAUCUUGAGCUCAGCCUGGGCUGCGCAGGCGGCGAGAGGGGCGGCGAUCCCGUCAGCAUCGCCGAAGAGGCGUUCAACUCCGCGCAGGGCAAGCAGAGGACGAUCCUGACGCUCGAGCUGCCGGAGGAGGACGCGACGAGCGCCGGUCACCCUCACAGGAGCGGCCUCAGCAGACCUCCGCCGACUCCGGCCACGCCGAACCGCGACGCGCUGAGGCACCACCCAGCUGACGAUCACGUUCACCGCCCCAGCAGCAGGGACACGCUGCACAUGCUCCAGAUGCACCUGACCGAUGCGCAGGGCCAGAUCGGCAGCAGUGGAGGCGCUGCAGCAGGGCCGCACAUGCGCUGGCCCAACGGCGGCAAUAAUUGGCUGCCGCCGUACGCCGCCCGGCCCCGGCAGCCCGACGACGACGCCAGCAGCGCCGCUGCAGCAUCAUCAGGAUUCCCACUGGGGCAGCAGCUGGGUCGCUGCUGGGCGCCGCAGCAGCCGGCCACGGCGUCCAGGCCCAGCAGCUGA